AUGAUAAUCCGGCAGAGGACGCCUCGCGUGGGCUUAGUCCAAAGGAUCUACACAAAGCCUCAAGAUGGAAAUCAAGAGCAUAACAUAGAGGACAAGCCUUUGACGGUGCAAGAGCUAGUAAACGCCGAGCUUCCGAUCGUGCGCGAGUGCCAGAGAUCAACCUUCACCAGUGAGAUCAAUCAGCUUAAGAAGAGGAAUGAAGAAGACGGUGGAGCCAGCAGAGCCAAUGUCUUGUCGUCGAGUAGCUUACAUCGCUUGGACCUCUUUCUCGACGAUCAGGGUUUACUUAGAAUUGGAGGCAGACUACGUCAAGCAAGCCUUGAUGACACAGUCAAACAUCCCCUUAUAUUGCCAAAAGAUGGACACGUGACAUGUGAAAGAGGUCCAUGGCAAAUCUUCCCAGAGGGAAGAGGGAUAACAGUAAACGAGAUUCAGUUAUCAGGGUACUGGAUUGUCGGCUGCAGCGCCGCAGUGUCAAGAUUCAUCCACAACUGCGUCGUAUGUAACAAGCUUAGAGCUGCCGCACAAGGACAGAAGACGACCGAUCUACCGAGCGUUAGGCUGAACCCCUCCCCUCAUUUCACAUACGUAGGUGUAGAAAACUUCGGUCCUUGGUACGUAAAGGAAGGUCGCAAAGAGCUGAAGAGAUACGGUGUCCUCUUCACGUGCAUGGCAUCAAGGGCCAUCUAUCUAGAAGUAGCCCACAGCUUGGAAACCGAUUGGUAUAUCAACGCCCUACGCCGCUUCAUCUGCAGGCGAGGCCCAGUAAGGGAAAUGAGGAGUUACCAAGGCACUAAUCUAAUUGGUGCAAAGAACGAAUUACAGAGAGCCCUAACAGAGAUGGAUUGUGGAUGGAUUGUGAAAGAGAACUGUGAUUGGUUCGAGACCAAGUUCAACCCCCCAUCCGCCAGCCAUCGAGGAGGAGUGUUGGAGAGGCAGAUCCGAACGGUGAGAAGCGUUAUCUCCGCACUUCUCGAGAAAAAUGGGCGACAACUCAAUGACGAAUCGCUUCUCGCAUAUAUGUGUGAGGCAGAAGCAGUCGUCAACAGCCGGCCACUGACACAACAUUCCUUGUCCUCAGCUGACGCCGCUGAAACACUCACCCCUAAACAUUUUCUUACCAUGAAGACAAAGGUAGUUCUUCCUCCGCCUGGAGUGUUUCAAUCACCAGACCAGUACUCAAACAAAAUGUGGAGAAGAGUGCAACAUCUUUCGAAUGAGUUUUGGACCAGGUGGAGGAAAGAAUUCCUCACCUUCCUUCAAGAAUGUCAAAAGUGGGUACGUCCUAGACGAAAUUUGCAAGAAAAUGAUAUCGUACUGAUAAAGAACGACAACGCGCCCCGCAACUGCUGGAAAGUCGCACGCAUCUCUAACGCAGAACCAGAUGACGACGGGCUUGUGCGCCGUGUCACAUUGGUCGUAGGAACGUCCAACCUUUCCGCCAAGGGCCAGCGAAGAGAAGCACAAUCCACCCUUGAGCGACCAGCGCAAAAACUGGUACUGCUAGUACCAGCCUCGGAGUAA